AUGGAUAAAAGAAAGUUGUUAAUUGACAACAAUUUGAAAAGUAAUUUCUAAGAUUUCAAUUAUGACUUCAAAGAUAAUAAACUCAAAAUCAAUGAUGUUAAAAAUACAGCAGAAUCAUUUAAAAGAGGAAGCGCGAAGUAUUUCUAUUUUAAAUGUUAGAUAACCAUUUGAAACUAAUGAUAAAUCCUUUGAAUUCAUUAACAAAACUAAUUCUAGUUUGACAACCCAUACAGAAAAUGAUAUAUCUUAUUUUAGAAACAAAAUAGAAGAUUUAUAAUUUAAAGCUGACUCAUUGGAUGUUAAACUAAAGGCUAGAGAUAAAGAAAUAUAACAUCAACAAUCUUAAAUUAAAAAAUAUAUUCAUGAAAUUCAUUAGAUUCAAAUUAUGGAACAAGAUUAUAAAGAAUAAGUUGUUUCUAUUAAUAAUGAACUCUCUUAAUGGAAAGAUAAAUAUUUUGCCAAUCUCAAAGAAUACUAAUAUAAAUUGGCAUUUCUAACAAGAAAAGCAGAAUAAGACUUGAAUCUCUAAAAAAAAAAUUAUGAAGAAAUUUUAAAUCAGAAAUAAAAGGAGAUUGAAUAAAUUGAGUUAAGGUUUGAAAAUGAAAGGGAUCAUUUAUAUCAAGCUAUCGAAUUAUAAAAUAAACCUUAAAAUAUCAAUAAUGAGAUUAAUGUAAUUUAUUCUAUAACUUUUUUUAGGAAUUGAUUACUAAAUAUGAUGAAUUAGAAACUGAAAAUAUGGGCUUAAGGGAAAAAAUUUUAGUUUUUGAAGCUAAUUAGGAUGAACUCAAGUUUCAUAUCUAAUAAAUUUCAGGAAGAUUAUUGGAAUAAGUAAAUAAAAAUGUUUAAGUAAUUUUUUUAUUCAAUAUAUAGCUUGAUUAAUAAAAGUAAUAAGAAAUAUAAAAUUGUUAGAAUUAAUUACUUGCAAAAGAUAAACAAAUUAAUAAUCUUUUAAUUUAGAUUGAAGAAUCAAAAAAUGAUGAAUAAUAUCUUGAUUAAGAAAAGUUGAUGUAAUUGGAAAAUUUAAACAAUUAAUUAAUUGAAUAAAAUUCUUAAUUAGAAGAUGAAAAUUAAAAAUUGAAAACUUAAAUAUCUGAAUAAUAAGAGCAUGAAAAUAAUCUUAAACUUAUUAUCCAAUAAUAAAAACAGUAAAAUUUAAAAUUGUAAUAAGAAAAUAAUUAAUUUUAAGAGUAAAUAAAUUAAUUUGAAUAUUUGCAAGUUAAAGAUUCAAAUUAAAAAUAAAAAGAAUAAUAAGAACAAAUUGAUUCUUUACUUUUAAAAUUAAAUAAAGUAGAAUUAGAAUGUGAAGAAUUAAGGCAAUAAAUAGGAAAAUAAAAUGAUGAGUUAAUUGAAUCGUAUCGAAAAGAUAUAAGAGAGAAGGAUGAAGUCAUUCAAGUUCAAGGAUUAAAUUAAAAAGAAUUUGAAAAAGUUAUGGCUCAAUACAGAGUAGAAAAUAAAGAAUAUAAAACAAAAAAUGAACUUUUAAUAAAUUAAAAUGAAAUCUAAAAUUUGUAAAUUGAAGAGAUGUUCAAGGAUAAAUAAAUUUUAUAGAAGCAGUUAGAAACUUUAGAAAAUAAUUAUACUAUUUAACUGCAAUAGCUUUAAAAUUAUUAAAUCGCUCUCAAUAAUUGUAAAAUAAAAGAAUAAAGUUACAAUGAAUAAAUUGUGUAUUUUACAUAGUUGGAAGAUGAUAAUUCAAUGCUUUAGUUAUAAAAUUCUCAGCUAAAAUAAUAAUUAGCUGAUCUAAUGGAAGAAUUUAACCCAAAAAUAAACUUAUUUUAAUAAGAAAUUAUCUAAAAGAAAGAAUUAAAUGAAUUAUUUCAACUAUAACUUCAUGAAAAAGAUAUAUAAUUAAAAUAACUUGAAAAAGAUUUAUUUUUAAUGUAAGAACAAAAUUAGUAGCUUUUUGAUAAUAAUUAAAUUUUACAAUAAGAUAUAUCCAAACAACAAUAAGAUUUAUCUAUUUUAAAAACAAAACCAGAUGAUUUAACAGUUAAUAGUAUUGAAGAUGGGAAAGAAGUUUUGAUUGAAGAAAACUAAGUUGAUUAACCUAAAAAUGAAGAGCCAUUAGAAAAUUUAGAAGAAAUUGAAAAAGAAUUACAAUUUUAAAAACAAUAAAAUGCAGAUCUGAAUUUUAAACUGAAUAAUGCAUUAUAAGAAAUCUAAAUUUUGUAAGAAUAAAUUGUUUAAUCUUAAGAAGAAUUUGAGACAUAAAUUACAUAAAUCAAGUAAGAAUUGAUCAGUAAAAGACUUUAAAAUGAUAAAUUGGAACUAAUAUAAAUGGAUUAUGAAAAAGUAAAAAAUGAAAUUGCUUUGCUCUAAAAUUUGAAUGAAAUUAAAGAUUAAUAAAUUGAAAAUUUGAGGGCUAAUAUUUUAGAGGAUGAAACUUAAUAAGAUUUCAUUAAUCAAUAAGAAAGUUAAAUAAAAGAAUUGCAAUACAUAAAAUAAAAUUUAGAAACUGAGUUAGAUAGGAAUAAAAAUGAGUAUGAAUAAGAAAUAAAUAAAUUAAGAGAAGAAAGGGAUUGUUUGAAAUCAAAAACAAUUGAAGCAAUUUAACAAAAAGUAGUUUUAGAAAAUUAAUUACAGAAUUUAUAGGAAGAAUUAUUAAGAAAGCAAAUAAUAAUAAAUAGAAUUGAUCCAAAUUAGAUAGUUGAGCCUUAUAAAAAUGAAUAUAGUAGUAAUUCUGAAUUGAAUAAAACACCAGAUGGAAAGUAAUAAUAAACAGAUGAUGAUUUGGAAAGAGACUUUACAAAUAAUUAAUAAGAAUAUGAAGUAUAAGUAGAAGAUAAAGAGCUUAUAAAGGAGAGAAAAAACUCUAAUAUUUUACCUUAAAAUGAUUAAGAGUUUGAGAUCUUUGAAUAAAUCUAAAUUCCUUAAGUUCAAUCAGACUAAAGAGAAUAAAAUACAAAUUCAUUUAAAAUAAGUUUGUAAAAUAUGGAAUAAUUACCAAAUUAAGAAAAUUUAUAAAAUUAAUAAUUCGAAGAAUAAACAAGAAAUAAGGAAGAUUAAAUCAAAUAAUCAAGCAAAUAAUUUGAAAAGCAGUGUGGUAAAUAAGAAGAAGUACAUAAGAAAAUAGAUUUAAAGACUUAAGAUUUUUUUGGUAAAGAACUAUCUCAAGAAGAACCUGCAAAUACUUCAUAAACAUCACAAGAAUUAGCAAAUUAUUUGAUUAAUGUAAAGUUUUAUUUAUUUUAUAGAAUGCCUUAAACGGAGCAAUCUAAUCUCUACUUAAUAUAAGUUAGUGA